UGCUGGCCGUGCCAUGGAGGCGAGGGGCCCAAGAUAUAAGUUACCUCCAGAUGGCCAUCCCAGUAUCUCCUUUUCAAAUCACCUUUAGGCUGAUCAGCGAUGUCGACCAUGGAAGCAGGCUUCCAGUACCGGGCCCACACUCUGAAGUCAUCCCCCCACGAUUAUCACUCUAAAGUAGCCGCUACACACUCUAAGACAGGGCAAACUUACCCAACGCCACAUCCUACGCUUCACUUCCAGUUUCCUCGGUGGUCUAACGCAAAAUACCACUACAGAGCAACCACUCCGAACCCAGUGUACCGGAAGGACUUGUCGGAAACGUGGAGACGGGAACGGGGCACAAGCGGAUACAGCCCUCGCGGGCACUCAACGGAGGAAUGGGUCAAUGAACAAAUUCACUUCACCGAUCGUUCGAAUGACCGGCAGCCAAGCCAGCCGUUGGACAAGGAGCAAUUAAGACGGCGGAUGUGGGAUGAAUUGUUGUACCAGUAUGAAACGGAGGCGCAGAAGUGGAUGAAGCACGAAUCAGGAAUGGAGAAAGGGGACCAGGAACGAGAGCCAGACGACAAAAAGAGGGCUAUACGAGAAGAUAUCUCCAAGAUUGAAGCCAGGGUGCGACAGAGACGGGAUAGUGAGAGGCAGGCAAUUGCAGAGGAGCGGAGGAGAUCUGUCGAGAAGGCGAUGGAGAUGCGGAGGAAAGAACAGGAACGAUUGAACAGGGCAGCCCUAGAAGCGUGGAACAGCUACGAAUCACGGUGGACCGCAAUAAUGUCCAGUUGCGAGGCUCUCAGUUUCGAAGAAAUCCCGUGGCCUGUUCUCGUCCCUCCACGAGAAGCGGCAGACGUCACUGCGGACAAGAUCUCCACGUUCAUUCUGCAUCCUGCACACUCGUCACAUCAAUCUCGAAAAGAGAGAAUACGCUCAGCACUGCUGCGAUGGCAUCCGGAUCGCUUCCGUCGCUUGUUUCAAAGAAUUCCGGAGUCGGAACGUAAGGCAGUUGAAGAGGGUAUCUGUGCGGUUACCAGGUGCCUCAACGACCUACUGGUAGUGAAAGAACGUAAGGCCAAUGUACAGGGUAAAUAAAGUGAUCGGCGAAGCCCGUCCUGCAGCAGUGCUGCAGACUAUGGACUUCCAUCGUACUUACAAUAGGUGUAGGAGUACCUAAGGAAAUGAUUGUCUUCCGUCGGGUGUUUGGUUUGCCUAGGGAGUACUUGUAAGCUAUCAUGUAUUUCGUUACAAGUGGUGACGGCGACCUUUGUCACAUACGUCGUCACGCCAAGCAGCUGAGCACCCAGUG